UGAUGUUACGAAACCGUGUGACUGCGGAGGUGUAUAUAAACCUCCCAGACCCUGCAUUCCAAGAUUUCUAACAUCUGGAAGCGGCUGGACUCUCUCUUUUCUAUAGCUGAUCUUAAGGAGUCGGAAGGAUGGACCUAAAGAUUUUGGGGCUCAUAGCCCUGUGCUACUUUGGGAGCUGUGUAGCCUUCAGAUUCCACCACAGAGAUUGCCGCGUCAGUAACUUCAGGGUAAUGCAGAAUUUUGACAAAACCCGGUAUGGAGGGACUUGGUAUGCAGUGGCCAAGAAGGACCCAGAAGGCCUGUUUCUUCUAGACAACAUAGUGGCGAAGUUCUAUGUUGAUGAAACUGGACAAAUGACGGCAACAGCCAGAGGCCGAGUCAUCCUCUUCAAAACUAUGGAAAUGUGCGCUGAUAUGGUGGGCACCUUCCAAGAGACCGAUGACCCCGCUAAAUUCAAGAUGAAGUAUUAUGGUGUCCUCUCCUACCUGGAAAAAGGAUUUGAUGACCACUGGGUGGUGGAUACAGAUUAUGACAACUAUGCCGUCCACUAUUCAUGCCGUGAGGAAGAUGAGGAUGGAACAUGUAUAGACAGCUACUCCUUCAUCUUCUCCCGUGACCCCAAUGGCCUGACUCCAGAGGCACAAAGAAUUGUCAGGAGAAAGCAGGAGGAGCUCUGCUUGGAUCGAAAAUACAGAGUUGUUGCCCACAAUGGUUUCUGUGAUAUGUGAUAGAUUUCACAUAAUAUAUAUACAAGGGGCCUUUGAUUUGGAGUUUGGAAGAAGAUCCUGUCGCUCUCUGCAUCCUAUUAUUAUUAUUAUUUUUUUUUUGCAAAUAAAUCUCUAAUGAAACAUGGAUAUGGGGCAUAUGGAAUGAUUCUGGAAGCAAUGUAAAUAUUUUCUAUGGUUUAAUUGUAUGAUGUUUAUAGCCCUUCACACAUAAGCUGAACCUUUCCGUGUUAUGUUUGAUUCACCAUUUCCAGAAAUGAUGCAAUAAAGAGUCAUUUCUAUAUUAAAGAAA